AUGAAAGCAGCAAUAGAAAAAGUUAAAGGGAAUUUAUAAUGUCAUAAAUUGACAAUUAGGGAGAUUGUUCAGGAGGUUCUUAAAAAGUCUGAUAUAGAUUUUGAGGAUGAUGAAGAUCUUAAAAAGAUUGUAGCAUUGCUUUAGAAAGAUCCGAAUCAAAGAACAUAACUGGAUGUGGAUAAAAUUAGAUUGUCAUUCUUUAGAUUCAAGUUUUUCUAAGAAUUAGAAUAAUCGAUGGGGGCUGAUAUGGUUUAAGGGCUAUACAAAUAAUUGGGUUAUGAAUUGCAGAAAAAAAGACAGGUUAUUUUUAACAUCGGUGAUAUCGGAAAAAAGUUUUAUAUUAUUCUGAAGGGCAGCGUUUGGGUUUUGGUAUAGAAAAAGGGAUUGUAAGAAGGUUCCGGUCCUACAGAAGAGGAUUAAAAAUAAGAGGAACAACUAAAAAAUGAGAAGAAUAAGGAAAUGAUGGAUAAUAUGAAAAAGAAUAAGAAAAAGAAAAACAAAUAAGUAAAAUCUUAGGCAUUUGUAACUUAAGUAAAAUUAGAUGAUAUCUUUGCCACAAUGACAGAUCAAGAAUAUUUGGAUACUCAAUUUUCAACAUUAACAAAGGUAGGAAUAAUAAAUGCAGGGGAAAGUUUUGGUGAAAUAGCAUUAACUAAAUAAGUGCCAAGAACAGCCACAAUAGUUGCAGCGGAAGAUACCCAUUUUGCUACAGUUACAAGGGAUUAAUUUAAUAAGUUAUUGUCUGUUUUCUAUGAGGCUUAAUAAAAACAGAACGUUGGAUUUUUAAGCAAAGUUGCUAUAUUUUCUGAAUGGAAUGAGCAGAUGCUAAAUCAAUUGUAUUAUCAUUUCAAAUUGGAAGAAAGAAAGCUAUUCUAAGUGAUUUACAAGGAGGAGGAAGAGGCAAAUAAUGUCUAUUUACUGAAAUAAGGGGAAAUAGAAUUGUCACGGUUUGUCGAUGUAACUCAAUAAUAAAUGUCUCCAAAUCUUACACUUUAAAAGUUCUUUACAAAAUCUGAAAGAAAAUUAGAAAGAGUUCGAACUACAGUUAUUACAGCAGGUUAGAUCUUUGGGCAUGAAGAAGUUAUGGCUGGAACAAAAAGAUAAUAUAGAGCCAUGAGUAUAAGCCAGAAAGUUGUUUAUUUUGUAUUAGAUAAAUAGAGAUUCUUACAGUACUUUUAGAAGGGACAAGCAAUUCAAAAACUAUAAAAAUUUGAUGCCAAGAAACUAAAUUAAAGAGCAUAAUCUUUGGGUAUCAUGAAAGAACUCAAGAAAAUUCCUUUAUUUGUUGAACAUAGAGAUGUUCCAUUUAUAGAACCUCACUAGACUAAGACUAGAGCCAAAAAUUCUGUUGAAAGAAUAGGAAAUCCAGUUGAACAUACAGGAUAUGAAAUGCUACAAGGACAUGGUCAUAUAAACAAAGCACAUUAUAAUUUUAGAAGGAAUAUUGACGUUAUUAAAUAGAAUGUUUAGAAUAGCGAACCAUUAUCAUUAGAUAAAGCUCUAUUUCAUAUUGAGGCAAGUAAGGGUUCUUAAAUAAGCAUAAUUAAUAAAGUUUUUCCUGCCGCUGCUAGACCAAAAUAUGCGAUACCAGAAUGCUAUAUUUCGUCUUAAACUAUUAUCAAAUCUUUGAAGUUACCGAAAAUCUUAACAGAGGUUGAUUCAGUCAUGCUUAAUAGAACAAAUAAGGAGUACUUGAAUAGUUUCAAAGCUUCCUCAAUCUAUUCAAAUGGAUUUCCUAAUGAAUCACAACAGACAUUAAAUUGAUACUCUUUAUUCUUUAUUUAAUAGAGCCAAUUUAUUGUAAUCAA